CAUAGAGAGGGAGAGAAAGCCAGAGUGCGAGAGAGAGAGUGUGUGCGUUUUACUAGGAGAGACCAAAGCAAGCGCAGACUUUACAGUGCGUUGAAGUCCUACCCUCUGAAGCUCCCGAUCAGAAGACAUUGCUCGUCAGCUUUUUGUUGGAGACCACUACAAUUCCUCCUGGCUGCUGUGGAGAAGAAGAUCUUUGCUCUGUAGCCUCCCCCUAUGAUUGUCUGUCACACUUUAGGCUCCCCCUCCUCUCUUUGACCCCCCUCCCCCCCCCUUUUUCUCUCUCUCUCUCUCCCUCCCUCUCUUUGCUACUUACCCCCUCCAUACAGUCCUCAGGCUUACCUGAGCCACAACUGCAGAAACGCUGGACCCCCCUCCACCACACACAUACUCUCACACACACACACACACACACCCUCGUGCUCUCUCUCUCUCUCUCUCUCUCUCAUACUCAUACUCAUACUCAGCAUUUUACCUGGAGAGGGCAGGCGCAAGGGACGGCAUGUGCACAGCAGCAGCAGUCUCUCCUCACAUCUAGCGCUGCCCAUCUGAGCUGGCUCUUUCUGGAGAGUGGAGACGAACUCUGAAAAGAGAUUUUGGAGCCAUUGUCGCUUGGCGAAAGCAGGCAAGACGGGGGCAGUGAGGGAGCACUUGUCAACCCAGGGACACCAAAGGCAACGCACAUCAUGAUUUUGGGAGGAAUAAACCGGGCCGGGGCGGCAAUGCCAACGUUCUUGCGGACCCCCACAAUGAUCCAUCCCCACCUGGACAUGAAACCCUUCCUGCAAUUCCCCAUGGAUACUGCCCCUCCUCCGCACAGCAUGAACCUCUUCCACAAUUUCAACACGAUGGAUCCGGUGCAGAAGGCCGUGAUCAACCACACCUUUGGAGUUCCACUGAUCAAGACCAAGCGGCCUGUCAUCUCCUGUAACGUUUGCCAGAUCCGCUUCAACUCAGAGAAUCAGGCAGAAGCCCAUUACAAAGGAAACCGGCAUGCCAGGAGAGUGAAAGGCAUUGAGACCUCUAAGAGUCGCCCUCAGGAGGGGGACAAGCAUCAUACUGUGCCCCCCACCUUCUCCCCGUCUCCGCCCAUCGCCCUUGGCACUGCCCUAGACAGCAUGCGAAACAAUGCGGAUCAAACACAGCCUCUGUCACAAUUAAACGGGUCCCUGCUGGCCCCGGGGCCCCUUCCCCCUCUUCCCACCCCGCUUACCCCACCCAUGGACUCCCCCAUGCCCUUGGUGUGCCCCCUCCUGCCCACCCCUUCUUCAUCCUCCCUAGGCUGCGGCACUGGCAGCGCCAGCUCAAAGCAGCCUGGAUCUGGACCCCCUGUUUCAGGAGCCGCCGGGGCCUCCAGCCUGUCCAAUCCAGAGACAGAGGAGGACAAGGCAAAGAAGCUGCUGUACUGCUCCCUGUGCAAGGUGGCUGUCAAUUCCUUGUCACAGCUGGAGGCCCACAACAAAGGUACCAAACACAAAACUAUCCUGGAGGCGCGGAGCGGGCUGGGCCCCAUCAAGGCGUAUCCUCGCCUUGGCCCCAAGCCCAUUGGAGAGCAGGGAGGGGGGCCGGUGGACCCCAACACUCAGGAACGAACCUUCCACUGUGAGAUCUGCAAUGUGCGGGUCAACUCUGAACUGCAACUCAAACAGCACAUAUCAAGUCGAAGGCACCGGGACGGCAUGGCGGGCAAGCCUAACCCCCUCCUCAGUCGACACAAGAAGCACAGGGGAGCUGAUCUGACGUCUUCAUUGACCUUCUCCAAGGAUCUUACCAAAGUUUUGGGUGCAGGGCUCUUGCACAACCCCUUGGCUAUUGCUGCAGCAAUGGCCGCUGCAGCAUCCUCGAACCAGCUGGCUCUCCGUGCAGCAAAUCCUGCGCACCACCCGCACCAUCCGCACCAUCCUCACCAUCCGCACCAUCCGCACCAUCCGCACCAUCCGCACCAUCCGCACCAUCUGCACCAUCCGCACCAUCCGCAACAUCCGCACCAUCCGCAACAUCCGCACCAUCCGCACCAUCACCUAUUGCAAGGCCAUCAUCUCAGCCACACCAUCCUGAGACCUGCCCCCGGGCCCAUCCGCACCACCCACGGGCCAAUCCUUUUCUCCCCUUACUGACACAUCACCCUCUGACUUCAGGCCAGUCAGGAGCAGCCACUCCAAAAGCACACUGUGAAGAUACAAACAUGAUCAACAAACAGCAAUUGAUAGGGGGGGGAAAUCCAACCAUUUAAAUACUGAACUGUGAGAAAUGCAAGGGAAAGGAGCAGCAGAAAGGAGUAGAUAUGUCUUUCUUCCCUUUACCUGACACUCUCCCUCCAUUACAAAGACUUCUUAAUGAUCUGCAGAUGGAAUGAGCAGAGGAGAGACGUUCAUUAUGCUUUGAACUUCCUUGUACAUCUCUCACCUCCCGUGGUCCCUCUCUCUUGCACUGUGGCCCUGUCAUGGCUGCCUCAAUAGCUACAGAAUAAACACAUGCACAUCUUUCUAGAAACAUUAAACCACAUCUAGUGUUGCAUAAUUAUUCCGGGCCAGGUUGGUUUUCCCCUGUCAUCACAGCUCAACGUGUUCUACUCAUCCUAUGCACCUCAAAAACAAAGACAAUAAUGUUAUGUCAGUAGGGUAGCUGCUUCAAUCGGUCUUUGCUCUUUGCAGCCACAUGUAGCUGUGGCGGCCUCCGCGGUACUGUACAUGUCCCUUCAGCGCUGGAGGACAGCAACUCUUCAGUGUGUGACGCUAAGUCCUCGCUACUUACGACAUGACUUGGGCUGACAGGCAGGUGGUAGCAGCAUCUGAACGUGUCUGAUGGUGGGGGGGGGGGGUUUGAGAGAGCAGAAAAGGGACUGUGGGGGAUUGCACUCUGCUGUCAUUUCCUGAGACACUGAGGUGAGAGGAGGGUUGGAACGGGUCAGUGGAUGAAUUGACCCCAGGCAGCAUGCAGACACACACAGGCCCAAACGAAUCUGUGUUUUAAAAUAGACUGCACCACAGGGCACAUCUGCCAACCUCCAUAUCAGUCAGAGAUUGGUCUCACUAAAGGGAAAAGAGGAUGUGAGAAACAGCAGCAGUUGCACGUACUGUACUGCUGUAUUUGACACAUGAUCCCUAUCUUUAGCUUAGAUUGUGUUUGAUGGCAAUAAUCAGUUCUUUUACUUACAAUAAUGAGAAAUACUGGAGAGCAUAGUUCAUAUGUAUUUGGUCAGACAUCUGUUCACACUUAGCCAUCAUAAAGAAAGCGAUCGACAUCCUAACAACUCCCUGGUCUUUAUUUGCAGGCCGAUUCACUGUGUAGGUGGGGAGGUAUGAUUUAGGUGUGACCCCGUGUACUGAUAUAUGUAUGUUGUUUCUGCAUGCAGCCUCUCAAUACGAGCGUGAAGGGUCAGGCUUCUGCAUCAUUGGGUUGAACUCUUCCAUUUCUGCCCUUAUCUCCUCCUCCUCACCUUCCCUUAUCUACAAAGGUUCAUAUGAGUCUAUAGCAGAGGGCACAUAAACACUUGCAAACAUAAUGCUCAAAGAGAACAAAUUAUAGAGAGGAAGAUGAAAGCCAAAUAUAGUCUUGGAGAAAUGAUCUUGAGCUGGAGUGACAACCGAGUCAGAAGCCCGGCGAGGCCACCCAGGGCAAGGAGUCGAGUCGUCCAGCUCAAGGCAUCUACCGAUAGUUUCCAUCUCACAACUGAAAGCCAUGAAAUGCACCAUCAUUUGUUUUCUUUUACAAACACUGGUGAGCACUUUGUUUGAUUUGGUUUGGAUUUGUGGUUUGCUUUUACAUCACACAUAAAGAAGAGCAAAAUAGGAGACACAAUAAAAUAUUUUUGUAGGUAAGAUAUGUUAAUAACUGCAUCCAUGAAGAGAUAAGAAGAUGGGUGGAAUUAUUGGAUGGUGUUGACUCAGACAAACAUUCAAGCAGACCAACUGAACUUAGCGGGUAGCCACAAAAGUUAGCUAAGCAGCUGCAGACCUAUCUUGCUCGACAGCUUGAAAACUUUCACCCUUUUCUGAACAAGAUGUACACUGUGCCCUUUCAUUGAGAAGCAAUGAGCUCUAAUGUCUUACCUUUGUCUGAAUAUUGCAAUGCAAUGAGCAAUUUUUAUCAGAGUGACUUGUUAUCAUUGUGACAUGUUGUGACAUGUUGUCUGGAGUCAUGUGUAAACUGGGAGCAUGCCAGCUGACAGACUUUUCAGUUCUUCCAUGAGGGGUAGGCUACAAGCCCUCGAAGGGAUUGAGAGAGAGGUGUAUCUGGGUUUAGGGACCGCCCUUCAUAUUAAAGGGCCUUUUUACUAUGGUAAUCUCUGCUUGGAGAACAGGGUACAACACCAGGUAUCAAGGGAUUAAAGGUAGAGUUGUUCAACAGGUUUAUUUUCUAUUUGGACUUACAUACAUUUGUUUUAUUUGUGUGUUUGAGAAAUCCUGAGGCACAAUGUUAAUGCCAUUACUUGCAGAAGAAGCUAGCUUGGUGUCAGCUCCCACCGUUGUGCUCUUUUUGUUGCCGAACGAAACCUUCUUUGCAGAGUUCAUUUUGUGAGUGAGAUACUAUUCCAGGAUCCGUGCUCUCCUUCCUGUCUGUGUGUGUACCAUGUAUUCUAGUGUGUGUUGGGACCUGCUCUCUCCCUACUUCCCACCAAUCCCAGACAGAUGCAACCUGGAGCUAUGAAGUGGCCUAACAAAAUAAUGGAGACAGUAACCUGCACAUGUUUGAUUUCGGGAAUAUUGAUCAAUCAUCCUGGAUUCUAGAUUUUUGAUCAAUGACCCGAUCAAAGUAGUGUGGUGAUCUUGUCCCUGGUAGGUCAGUCAAGUAGCAGCACCACAGAUAUGUUCAUACUGUGGUAAUUCCGAUUUAUUCAUCCUCAUGAUUCACAUAUGGGAAAUAAAUGUUAGAUGCCUAUUUUCUGGGCAGGUAUUUCAUGUUAGCUGUGUUUAGGCUAAUAGCCUUAGCCUUAUUCUGCCCUCAGCCUCUCCCGGAGCAGAGAGAGAGAGAGACAUGGAGAGGCUAUGGUGUAAUUUUGUCUUGCCAAUAAAGUUAUUUUUGAAUUUCAUUGUCAGAGGGGACACAGAGUUUGUAUGGCGAAUUGUAGCAAUACCUGACUCAUUCUGGCUACUCUUGUUUAUUGCAAUAAGAAAAUUAAACAAUAAAUGUGUAUGUGAGUAAAUCAUAAAUGUAAUUUAAAUGAAAUGAAACUUUAUGGUAAAUAGUAUUGGUAUCAAGAGAAACCAUGGUGGGGAAAAAAGUAAAUGUCAAUAAAUCAUUAAAUGAAA